CACCAAGCGAAACACCACAGAAGAAGAAUUCAACGACGCUCGGUCGUGUUUGAACUGUUUGAGCUGAACCACUGAUGGAAACGCGGCUGAUGGAAAAGUAGCCCAACGUUUGAAUUACUGUCAGCGGAGAAGGUAAGGAUCCAAGUGGACUGUACAAAGGGAAAAAAUAAAUAAACCUAAGGGUCCCACAUGUCUGCUCCAACACUGCAACAGCCCAGUUUCCUGCUGGCCAAUCUUAAGGCUGAUGCCACCACCAAACCUCUCCUCCAGAGAUGCCAAGAUCUGGUGAAGAUCAUCGAUGAAUAUCCUGCCAAGGAGCUACACUUGAUUUUCCCCUGGCUGGUGGAGAGUGUGUUUGGCAGUCUGGAUGGCAUCAUCGCCGGCUGGAACCUGCGACUCCUGCAUUCACGGAACAAUGAGUACAACAUUGUUAUGGAGUUUCUAAACCCCAGCGGGCCGAUGAUGAAGCUCGUGUAUAAACUUCAAGCGGAAGAGUACAAAUAUGAAAUACCUUUGAAUUAUCUCCCGGGUCCUGUGAAGGCCUGCAUCCAGGAGGGCGUCCUCCCAGACUGUCCGCUGUUCCACAACAAGCUGCAGUUCCCCCUGUCCGGUGUGACUCUGAACCUUGCUCUCAAUCCAUUUGAAUUCUUCAUGUUCAAUUUUGCCUACUGUCUCCUUACGCCAAAGAACUACCCCCAAGGCCAACAUGGAAGCUCCUCUGACAGCGCCUACUUUGUGCUGGUGGACACUUACCUCAAAUACUUCCUCCCCAGUGAAGGAAAUGUACCUCCUUCCCCUUUCUCUGACUCCAGAGGUUCUGUCACUGCGCCUUCGCCAAGAUCCUCCAGUGUUUCUUUUGCUGGUUACGGCGUUCACAGCCCCAGUCUCCUCAAGCAUCACAUAUUCCAUCAACCCUCAGUUAACGCAGAUCCUGCAGCCCAGGAAAUCUGGAGGUCCGAAACACUGUUACAGAUGUUUGUGGAGAUCUGGCUCCAUCACUACUCCUUGGACAUGUACCAGAAGCUGCAGUCUCCUCAGGUGAAGCUGGCGCUGCUGCAGUAUCGCCUCAGUAUGUCCAGCAUGCCGUGCCAACCCCACGCCCCACCAGGCUCUGGGACCCUCCACACCUACCAAGUACUUUUACCUUUUCACUCACCCCCGCCCCUCUGGGGCCUCCUGGAGGAGCCUUUCAGUCCGACGGAGGAGCACGUGCUGGUGGUGCGUCUCCUGGUGAAACAUCUGCAUGCCUUCUCCAGCAGCCUGAAGCCCGAGCAGCUGUCCUCCUCCCCCUCAGCCCACUCGCACACUCACACCAGCCCGCUGGAGGAGUUCAAGAGAGUGGUGGUGCAGCGUUUUGUGCAACAGAAACUGUACCUGUUUCUCCAGCACUGCUUCGGUCACUGGCCUCUAGACGCCUCUUUCAGAGCGGUGUUGGAGACUUGGCUGAGCUACAUCCAGCCGUGGAGAUACACCGGGGAGAAGACCAAUCAACAGCCAGACCCAAACAGAACAGUGCCUGACAAAUGGGAGUCCUUUGUUCACGAGAACCUGCUCAUGUACACGAAGCUCUUCCAGGUUUUUUUGAACAGAACCGUGAGGACAGAUCUGGUUAACGCCAAAAAUGCACUGAUGGUUUUCCGGGUGGCCAAAGUCUUUGCUCAGCCAAACCUCGCUGAGAUGAUACAGAAAGGGGAGCAGUUGUUUCUGGAGCCAGAGCACGUCCUCCAUCACCGCCAACCCCGCGGCUACCUGACGCCGAGCCAAGGAGGCAGCUUCCUGUCGUCACGACAACGGGUGAUGACAGAUAUGGUGUUCAGGGUGAAGAGCCACGUCUAUGCUUUGGAAGGCCAGGACUGCCAGUACAAACAGAUGUUCGGCACUGAGCUCAGAGGAGCAGUCAUGAAGUUAAUCCAGAUAAUUGCACAAGCCAGACAGACAGCCAAGAGGAUUUCGGAUCACUCCAAUGAGGUGGCGGCUAAUAGCUCGUUCCUGUCCUGGUUUGGGAUGGGCUCUCCUGAUCUCAACAACACCUUCUCUGGGGCCGAGCCAGAGGAGAGUGAGGAAUGUCUGAAGAAGACCCACGAAUUCCUGGAGAGAGCUUUGGAGAACCUGUGUCAAAUCUUCAAGCUGAACCAAGGGCAGCUGACGCAGCUUAUAUCCAACCUGGGUUCUUCUGAAGAUGACUGCAACGGCAAGCAGCUGCCAGACUGCAUCCAGGGAGAGAACGGACUUAUUCUAACCGACCUGGGCAGGAGGCAGAUCAUAAGUGGACUGCGCAGGUUUGACAUUCAGUACCAAGGAGACCCGGAGCUGCAGCCCAUUAGGAGCUACGAGAACGCCCUGCUGGUCAGGCUCUUCUACAGGAUCUCGUCUCUGGUUAACGAGAGGUUCGGAGGACACAUGAAUGCGCUCUGCUCACGUCCAGACUUCCUGGGCCGCCUGGGUCGUCACUACUUCACGGAUCCCAGUUCCACCACAACGCUAAAGCUGAGCCCGACAUCGCGGCCGACAUUAGAGAGGAAGCGGCAGCCGAGGCUGAGCCUGCGCCCGCUGGCCAGCUACAGGACGAUACUGCUGCUGCUGAUCUUCUACGUGUUUGGGGCCCUACUGUCGUUUGGCCCCAUAUCCAGCACUCUGCUCAUCCUCACAGGGGGAUUCCUGUACGGACUCUUGAUGACGCUGUUUGGAGACAAACUGAAAACACACUAGCCGAGAAACGGGGUUCCUACACAUGUCUUAAAAAAACACACAUAAUGAAUUUGAUCAGUUCCAGCUUUGAAUGUUUUGUUUUGAGUGGUUCCAAGUCUGAUGAUUAAUAUUGUAUGUUAUCGAUUUAGGGGCUGCAACUACUGAUUGUUUUUAUAAUUGAUUAAUCUUUUGAGCUUUAUAACAUCAGAAAACAGUUAAAAAAUGUCUUGAUUAGUAUAGUCCAAAGUGAUGUCUUGUUUUCUUCAACCAACAGUCGUUAAACUCUAAAAUAUAAAUUUUACUGUCAUGUAAACAUGAGAAAAAGCUGCAAGUUUUUCACACUUAAGACGCUUAAACAAGAAAAUUUUUUUGAUCUUUUACUUAAAAGAUUACUUAUCAAUUAUCAAAAUAGUUUCCAAUAAAGUUGUUGAUCAACUAAUUGAUUAAUCAAAGCCAGAGUUGAUGUUAGCAGUGAGGGGUAAGGCUGUUAUUCUUAUGAGUGCAAUGGUGCGCUGCAGUGUUUACUACAGUGUGAGUCGCUUUCUGAACAUCUUCAGAUAUCCAGGACUUUGUAAAGGGACAACAUUUUUAAAUGGGAUCUGUAGGAACCCUGUUGGCAGCAGACCAGCAGCUCUUUGUUUCUUGCUUUUGAUAUGACUGCAUGUGCACUGUUUUAAAAUGUAAUUCACGUAACCUUGUAAAUAAAUACAGAGCGUGGCUACUCUGUUAGUUAGGCAAUAUAUUUUUCAACAAGCAUCUGAAAACAGGUACAUUCAAAUUGCGUUGAUGGAAUAAACUAUUUUUCAGAGUGAAAACGAUGCCUUUAUGUUCAAAUGACUCAAUAAACCGUUUGCGCUUG